CCAGUAAUGUGGAUCAGAUUGUGUUAUGCGUAAGGUUCUCACGCCAACGCGGAUAGACCGCCAGAUGUUUGCUUUCCUGGCUCACAAAAUAGUAUGAAGAACUCCUGUGCGCUCCUCUUCUUGGCCAUCCUGGGAUGCUGCCUGGUGAGCCUGUCGAGUGCCGCCACAACCUCAAACAGCACCUCGACGGAAGCCACCACAACCACAACCACCACUACCACUACGGCGUCGUCCUCGGACACCACCACUACCGAGUCAUCUGACACCACCAAAAAGAAGCACGUGACCCACUACAAGCGCAAGACCCACCGCCCCAAGAAGGUCAGGAAGAUCCACCACAAGAGGGAGAGCAGCGAUUAA